AUGAAGAGCAGCAAAGUACAGACGCAACUAUCAUUUAAGAAUCAUUCCGGUAAUACGGUAGCCUUUCAGAAGGAGCAGCAACAACUAAACGGAGCCAAAGCCAUUUCGGACUGCCACAAGUGCCUGCGGUCAGUAUUUCGGUUACAGGACUUUCGUGGAAACCAAUUUGCCAUCGUCAAGGCUGUCCUAGAAGGCCGCGAUGUGUUCGUUAUCAUGCCUACGGGAGGAGGCAAGUCCUUGUGUUAUCAGCUUCCGGCUGUUAUGAGUAAUGGCGUGACGAUUGUCGUGUCCCCUCUACUCGCAUUGAUUCAUGACCAAGCAAGUGCAUUGCAGCGCCUAGGCGUCAAAGCAGCUGCAUUGAAUUCGUCAAUUGGAAAGAAGGAACGCGCCUCUGUGAUGGCCGAUCUGGAAUUGAAGGUUCCUACCCUCAAGUUGCUCUAUGUUACUCCCGAGUUGCUGGCUACAAGUGAAUUCCGCAAACAUCUGACUGCUCUUCACAGUAGGGAUGCGUUGGCCAGAUUAGUAAUAGACGAAUGGGGCCACGACUUCAGAAAGGACUAUGCGAAGCUGGGCUAUUUCAGGAAUGAGUUUCCGAAACUCCCGAUCUUGGCUUUGACAGCCACGGCUACAGAAAGGGUCCGCCAAGACAUCAUAAAGACGCUGGGUCUCCCUGAUCCGCCUGAGCUAUGCUUCUUCAUCUCGUCAUUUAAUCGCGACAAUCUUUAUUACGAGGUCCGUUUCGACAACAACAAUCGGUAUGAGAAUUUUCUUGGUUUCUUAAGAGGUAUCUACAAGAGUCGCAGAAAACGUCUUCAGGCUGAGGCGUCGACCUCAUCAGGAUCUUCGACAUCCGCUUCGCCAACGGCAUCAACAGCACCACUGCCAUUGGACACUUCCUCCUUGAGAGUAUCCAGCGGAUUUAGGACAGCAAGCACGGCAGUAAAAGCAUCAUCAACAGCGCAAGAAAUAGAGACAGUUUGCGGUAUUAUUUACUGCGGUCAACGCAUGAUGUGUGAGGAUCUGGCAAAUCGGCUAGUAGGCGACGGGGUUAUGGCGGCGGCUUUCCACUCAGGAAUGACACCCAAGCAGCGAGCGAAUGUUCAGCGGCGAUGGUGCUCUCCUACAGGCACAGAGACCAAGAAGAAUGGCGAAAACGAUACAGAUGAAAAGCCGAUCGACGUUAUCGUAGCCACGAUUGCUUUCGGAAUGGGUAUUGACAAACCAAACGUACGCUUUGUUUGCCAUUGGGAACUCCCAAAAACGAUCGAAGGGUAUUAUCAGGAGAGUGGGCGCGCAGGAAGAGACGGAGAUAUAUCGCGAUGUAUCCUUUAUUAUUCGCGCGAAGACCGAGCAAAAAUUGAGUUUCUGCUGGAGGUUGAAAAGGAACGUCGUCGACUGAAGACCGAGAAAACGGCAUUAAGUACGCGAGACACCGGUUCCGUAGAUGUGAUCAAGAACUUUCAAAGGAUGGUUUCCUAUUGUGAGAAUGUGACCCAAUGCCGCCAUGUGUUUCUCUGCGAGUACUUUGGAGAGAAGGAUGUCGGAAAGAAGACAGUGUGCAAAGACGGUUCUCGGUGCGACAUCUGCCGGACGCCUGAAAAAGUUGCGAAGGAAAAGGCCGAAAAGUUGUCGGACAUCCAGGGUCAUGGUCGUCAAGCGCAGCACAUGGGAGGCAGCAAGACGUUCGUAGGCACUGAUGGAAUUAUUCAAGUACAGGGCGCCUGGCAGUCAGCCUCGGUCGCUCUCGGUCGAUACGACGCAGAUUUGGUCGGGGAUGAGGAUAAAGAUGAUGACGACGAAGCGUCAGGGAGUGGCGAUUCUAGCGAUGAAGCGGAAAACGGCAAUUCCAGUUUAGAGGAGCGCGAACAGGACUACGAUUCCGAGGCGGAAAGGAAGGCCAAGCGGAGAAAGCUAUUGUUCGGCAAAGCUGUCGAUCCAUCGUACUACAAAAGGCCGACUGCACCGUCUGCACCUACGAAAGAAGCCCUUGAGAUCACUAGCAUCAAUAAGUACGACCUUUCUCAUUCAGAAUCCACCAAAAUCGCACUCAGGUUUCGCGAACUGUGCUAUGAGACCGUCGAGCGGGCACUUUCAUCACUAUUCCAGGGAUCGCACAGAUCUCUAGCCGCGGACUACUUUACAAGACUUGCUGCUGACAGGACCUCAUCCUUGGGCAAAGCAGAACUGGACGCAAGGAUGACAGAGUUCGUUAAGAAGUUGGCGGUCGAGAUCGAGCGAGGAGGUUUCGAAGCCAGUGGGACGCAGAACAUUUACAAGUCCGUACUCGGAAAUCGUGUCCGCGACAUCAAAGGAUUCGAAGCCCAGGCCCGAAUGGCACUUGCGGCCCUUUCCGCCAGCACUGCUGCUACCUCAGCAAUAACCAGAGAGGCGUUGGAUCCUGCUCCGGUAACAUCAGCAGUACUGUCUGCCAAGCCAAUAAACCAGGCCUGGGCGACAGCCGCCAAGGUCUGGGAGAGUCUUCAGCAGCCCUGA